CCCUCCUUUCUAAUGCAAACUCAACAGUGGUUAAAAAUAUGCCCAUCCUAGCUGAUUUUAAAUGGAUAUUGUUUAAUCCAUGCAACCUUCCCAGAUAUCGUCUAUUGGAUAAAUUGGGUGCUUUGCAGAGGGUUGCCUAAGUCUCAUAUAAAGAACUCACACAAAUGAGUUAAAAAUGCUCCAAAAGAGACAGUUGGGUGGAAAAAAGACCAGAAUAUAUCCGUGCAAUGGUUAGUCAACAAGCAAAAGAAAAGGAUGAAAUGUUGCAUGUGGUGAAACGUUCUUCUCAGCUGUUAUUUGGGAGUGGUUGAAAGAGUUAAGCCCAAUACUGGAAUGUCUUGGGAAUGUUGGCAGAGGGAGAGCAAGCAGUUUUUUUCCUCCCUCUGGAUGGAGUCCCAGGACUGAGCUUUCAAAGUGAUGACUUUGGAUUCGAGUUUGCUUCUUGGUUCUGCAGCAGAAAGCUGGGAUGUGAUGCCGUGGAACCAGGAAGCCCUCUGCAAGGGAAAUGCAACUGCCUUCCAAAGUCAGGAGAGGUGUUUUUAUCUUCUCCCUGCUCACCCCUGGUGCAGCAGAAUUCACUGUGAGAAGAUACACACACGGAGAAACCACAUCUUGAAGGGUGUGCACGAAGAGAGAAAGGCACAUCCCUAAACAAUUUAUUUUGACCGCUGGUUUUUGUCGUUGGAUUUGGUUUGGUGGUUUUGUUUUGGAACUUUUUUUUAGUGUUGGCCUUUUUUUUUUUCCCUCUCUCUUUUUUUUUUCUUUUUUUUCUUUUUCUUAUUUUUCUUUGGUGGAAAUCGCAGUGACUCUUUAACCUUGCAGUUGAUAAGGCAUUAGCCGAUCGCCUCCAAACAGGGAGCCCGGCGUUUAUUGCAGGGAGCUGGCAUGGCUGCCGUGCUCUUUGGCUUUGAGGAUCUGCUCUACAGCUGGGACAGCCUGGUGUGGAGCCUGACAUCCCGGGCUCUGAGGACUUGCCGCUUCGGAAAUCUGAGGGUCCUGCAGCUCAUGCUGAAGCCAUGGUGCAUUUCCAGAGCCAUUUAUCAGAUGACGGAGGGCCGCAGAUGCCAAGUGCACCUCCUUGAUGACAGGAAGCUGGAGCUCCUCGUCCAGCCAAAGCUUUUGGCAAAGGAGUUGCUUGACCUGGUGGCAUCUCAUUUCAACCUGAAGGAGAAAGAAUACUUUGGAAUUGCAUUCACAGAUGAAACGGGACACUUGAACUGGCUUCAGCUGGACCGCAGGGUGCUGGAACAUGACUUCCCCAAAAAGUCAGGACCAGUUGUUUUGCACUUUUGUGUCAGGUUCUACAUUGAAAGCAUCUCCUAUCUAAAGGACAACGCCACCAUAGAGCUGUUUUUCUUGAAUGCCAAGUCCUGCAUCUACAAGGAGCUCAUUGAGGUUGACAGUGAAGUGGUGUUUGAACUGGCUGCAUAUAUCUUGCAGGAGGCAAAGGGAGAUUUUUCAAGCAAUGAAGUUGUAAGGAAUGAAUUAAAGAAGCUGCCAGCCCUUCCAACACCAGCGCUGAAGGAGCAUCCUUCCCUUGCUUACUGCGAGGACCGAGUCAUUGAACACUACAAGAAACUGAAUGGCCAGACAAGAGGUCAAGCAAUUGUGAAUUAUAUGAGUAUUGUAGAAUCCCUCCCAACAUAUGGAGUGCAUUAUUACGCAGUAAAGGACAAGCAGGGAAUUCCAUGGUGGUUAGGACUUAGCUAUAAGGGGAUUUUUCAAUAUGACUACCACGACAAAGUGAAACCAAGAAAGAUCUUCCAAUGGAGGCAGCUGGAGAACCUCUAUUUCCGCGAGAAGAAGUUCUCGGUGGAGGUGCACGAUCCGCGCAGGGCAUCUGUGACCAGGAGGACUUUUGGGCAUAGUGGCAUUGCUGUGCAUACGUGGUACGCCUGUCCAGCACUGAUAAAGUCCAUCUGGGCUAUGGCCAUUAGUCAACAUCAGUUCUACCUGGACAGAAAGCAAAGCAAGUCCAAGAUUCAUGCUGCAAGAAGCCUGAGUGAGAUUGCAAUUGACCUGACCGAAACUGGAACGCUCAAGACCUCAAAGUUGGCCAACAUGGGGAGCAAAGGGAAAAUUAUCAGCGGCAGCAGCGGGAGUCUUCUGUCAUCAGGUUCCCAAGAGUCAGAUAGUUCUCAAUCUGCCAAGAAAGACAUGCUGGCUGCACUGAAAUCCAGGCAAGAAGCCUUGGAAGAGACGCUGCGCCAACGCCUGGAAGAGCUGAAGAAACUGUGUCUCCGAGAAGCGGAGCUCACAGGAAAGCUGCCGCGAGAAUAUCCCCUCGAUCCUGGGGAGGAGCCACCCAUUGUAAGGAGAAGAAUAGGAACUGCCUUUAAACUGGAUGAGCAGAAAAUCCUGCCUAAGGGAGAGGAGGCAGAGCUGGAACGCCUGGAGAGGGAGUUUGCCAUUCAGUCCCAGAUCACAGAGGCUGCCCGGCGCCUGGCGAGUGACCCGAAUGUCAGCAAAAAGCUGAAGAAGCAGAGGAAGACAUCCUACCUGAAUGCACUGAAGAAACUGCAGGAGAUCGAAAACGCCAUCAAUGAGUAUCGCAUCAAAUCUGGAAAGAAGCCAACCCAGAGAGCUUCCUUGAUCAUAGAUGAAGGAAACAUUGCCAGUGAAGACAGCUCCCUCUCGGAUGCCCUUGUUCUUGAGGAUGAGGAUUCUCAGGUCACCAGCACAAUUUCCCCUCUCCACUCCCCACACAAAGGACUCCCACCCCGGCCACCCUUGCACAACAGGCCUCCGCCUCCGCAGUCACUGGAAGGCCUCCGCCAAAUGCAUUACCACCGCAACGACUAUGACAAGUCCCCCAUCAAACCCAAGAUGUGGAGCGAGUCAUCCUUGGAUGAACCCUAUGAGAAGGUCAAGAAACGCUCCUCACACAGUCAUUCCAGCAAUCACAAGAGGUUCCCCAGCACCGGGAGCUGUGCUGAGGCAGGGGGGAGCAGCUCCCUACAGAACAGCCCCAUCCGGAGCCUUCCCCACUGGAACUCCCAGUCCAGCAUGCCCUCGACGCCGGAUCUACGGGUACGCAGUCCACACUACGUCCACUCCACACGGUCAGUAGACAUCAGCCCGACCAGACUGCACAGCUUAGCUCAGCACUUUAGACACCGGAGCUCCAGUUUGGAGUCACAAGGCAAGCUCCUCGGCUCAGAAAAUGAGACAGGGAGCCCCGAUUUCUACACCCCAAGGACUCGUAGCAGUAACGGCUCUGACCCCAUGGACGACUGCUCAUCCUGCACCAGCCAUUCCAGCUCUGAGCAUUACUACCCUGCUCAGAUGAACCCCAACUACUCCACCCUGGCAGAGGACUCCCCAUCGAAAGCCAGAGAGCGGCAGAGGCAAAGGCACAAAUCAGCAGGCAACCUGGUCUCUUCCAAUUCAGGGAGCAUGCCCAACCUGGCUGCGAGGAACGGAACAGGGCACCACCGGGUCUACCUGCACAGCCAGAGCCAACCCUCUUCCCAGUACAGGAUCAAAGAGUAUCCCCUCUACAUCGAGGGCAGCUCCACACCCGUGGUGGUGCGCAGCCUGGAGAACGACCAGGAGGGACACUACAGCGUGAAAGCACAAUUCAAAACCUCCAACUCCUACACGGCGGGGGGGAUGUUUAAGGAGAACUGGCAUGGGGACGAAGCGGAUUCUGUUCGGCUCACCCCCUCCCGCUCCCAAAUCAUAAGGACUCCAUCUCUGGGCAGGGAGGGCCACGAGAAGGGCUCGGGUAGGACUGCCGUGUCAGAUGAGCUGCGGCUCUGGUACCAGCGGUCCACAGCCUCCCACAAGGAGCACAGCCGCCUCUCGCACACGAGCUCCACUUCCUCGGACAGCAGCUCCCAGUACAGCACAUCUUCUCAAAGCACCUUUGUGGCGCACAGCAGGGUCACGAGAAUGCCUCAGAUGUGUAAAGCAACAUCAGCUGCCUUACCUCACAGCCAGAGGAGUUCAACACCAUCGAGUGAACUUGCAGCCACGCCACCAGGCAGUCCCCACCACAUUCUUGCAUGGCAGACUGGGACUUACAAUGAUAGCUGUUUCCUGGAUUCUCCCCUCUAUCCAGAAUUAGCAGAUGUCCAGUGGUAUGGACAGGAAAAAGCCAAGCCUGGGACUCUAGUGUGAACCCCUGACCUCAAAUUAAUCACAUCAAUGCCAUUCUGAGAUCACCUCACUGCCUCUCAUUUGCCUUACCCAGAUGCACUGUCACCCAGCACCAGCUUCAACUCUAAGCACUUUUCUCACGAUGCAAUUCCAGAUGACAUUACAGAGCAUUGGCCCUGAGACAUCCACCACCACCGUGCAGGAUGGCAGCGCGUCCCAUCGCCAGCCCAGCACACGUCCCUGCAGAGCCUGUGGCACGGCGGCUGCAGUCAACGCACGCGUGUGAGCAGCCAUCUCAGCAGCUGGCAAUGGAAAAAAUGAUUUUUUUCCUUUCAAACGAUGGGAGCCUGUCCAGGCUUACAUCAGAUCUUGCUGUUCUGUGGCAUGUAACGGCAGUCAGAUUUCCAUGACCUGCAAUCUGAUCCAACAGAGUAUUAAUUUAAUGGGGGGGGGGGGAAGGGGUCGAUACAAAUCGGGACAGAGGCUGAGAAUUACUCCUGAAAGUGGUUCUUUCAUGAAAAAAUACACACACAAAAAAAAAAGCAAAAUCCUCUCACUUCAAAUACAUCUAAGAGUCUCGCAGUCAGAUCAGUGCUGCCAAAAUCACCCAACCAGUGUCAAUGGGAUGAGUUUGUUCAGCGAGUUCUCGCUACAAGAACAUCUCUUGCAUUUCCUUCUUUGCUUCGAGCCCAUCCGAACAGAGCCCCACGCACUGAAGACACUCUGGAGGUCUGGGUUGGUAUCACAGCAUCUACAAGCUACUAUCAGACUGGACAAACGAGGUGUACAAAGGAUUAUCUACAGCAGAGGCAAGAACUGUUCCUCACAGCAGCUCUGUGGCUGGCAAAGCUGCGUACCAACACACAGAGCUUAGGGUUGUGCUGUUGGUUUUCUCAAACUCUGAGGAAGAAUUGUCCAAAAACCUUUCCACAAGCAGAUACAGCCAAUGAAUUCUAACCUGUCUCUGCAAAAAUGUUAACAUCAAAUCAAAGGGAAAGCACAUCACAAUCUAAUUGACACGGUGAAGCUGCAUUAACAUAUCUGUUCCAAUUAUCUCACCUUGGUUAGCACCAGUGUAGCAAAGGGCUCGUCACCAGCGCACCGCUGGCUGGGAGAACCGGUCUGUCAGGAAGCAUGGGAGCAGCUUGGGUUUAGCAAGCAGCAGACGAAGCAAAAUUUCACAUGGAAAGCAACCACAAGAAAGAGAAGUGACCGAGCGAGGCGUUCAGCGCGAGCAGAGCUGCCUACUGACACCACAAGGAAUUGGACGGGGGAGUCGUGGAAGGAGCUGCAAGUUUACACUUACCUUUGAGCAAUGCUUUAUACAUGUCAAGCCAUGGAACUUUCAAAGGCCUCAAAGACACUUUUGUAACGAACAAGUGCACAAUCUCGGUGGAUGUUGAAGCUGGCACGUCUAGUCUUCACUGCGGUGCUAUGCUGUUUUUAUUGCCACUAGAUGGGGGAGGCGCCCGGCCGGCCCCCGUUUGCGCGUGCAAACGAUGAUUUCCUAUGGGAAAGGCAUUACAGAAACGGCUGGAGGGGGUUACUUAGUGAAAAGCAGAAACUGAAGUUAGCUUUAGUUGAAAACAAAAGAAAAGUGCGAGUGUGUGCGUGUUCCAGGAAUAACAACAGCGUCUACCAGACCGAGUAGGGCAAAACGUUCAAAACGAAACGCCGUGACUUGGGGGCUGCCACACCUUUCAGCACCAGGAUUGCUGGAAAACUGCAUUCCAGGCUUUAAAAGGGAAUGGGCUCUUCGUAAUUAGACUUGGAAAGAUGGUGGGGUUUCUAAAAAUGAAUGUGAGCCACUCGUGCCGAUUCCUUUGCCCAGUGUGCAUUGGGAUGUUUGCUUCAGCCCUGGGCCCACGCCUGCAGUUCUGCUGCCUGGCAUCAAUGGCAGGGCUGCUCUGACACACUUCUCUCUGUGCUUUGGGCUUGUUAGCAUGGGAAUUGGCUUAAACUCCUAAUUGGAUUUUUAGGUGGAUGGGAGAUAAGCACUGAUUACUGACGUGGGCUGCUAAGAUUCCGUAGCUAAAGUGAAAGAAUUAAAUAAGGACCAAAUUAAGCAGCAGCAAAUUAGCCCAUGGAUUUUUUUUAGGGGCUCUGAGCAACUGUCUGUUUUCUUUUUAAUUUCCCUGCUAAGUGGCUUCGGGUUGGUUGUUUUGUUUUGUUUUUUAAUUAUUCUUUUUCUGUGUACCUUUAAUUAAAAAGAAUUCAACAACAGCGGCACUACGGGGCCUCUGGGCACUACAGGAACAGUAAUUCCUCCAAGACAAGAUCUGCAGUUUUGCAGCAAAGGUUCAAAGGUGGCAGCCCUGAAAUUAGGGGAAGAAAAAACCAAGUCAGCCUGAAUUGCAAACAGGCUGGAGUCGAGAAAGAGCUUUUGAGAAACGGAUUGGGUUUUGCUUUGUGUUCUGCUUUUCUGUUCUGCAAUCAAGGCACACGUGAGCAGCCAGUCUGGUAGUAAAGACAGAUUAAGUAAAACAGGUUUUACUGUUUAGCUCAAUUCAAUUAAACACAAAUGUACAUACAAUGUUAAUCAUAUGAGAUUAACAUAGUGAAGUAUAACGCGGAGGGGUGCAUACCUAGCUAUUCUAUACGAGCACUUGACUACCGACGUCAGCCCUCCCUUCCUUUUUUGUUGUUCGAGGCUCCAUCUGCCAUGAAGCCACCGUUGCGUUCUCAGUCUCCCCGUCUGCAGGUCCCUCUGGAUGGGCAGCAGUGUGGCUCGGCCCCGUGCCGCGCUCUGCUGUGGGCAGGGUUUCUUUUUAAACGCUGUGAGAUGCAGUCGAGUGUUGGAAAUGUUGAAUCAGUCCCAUUUGUUUUCACUCUGUAUUAGUUUUAGUUCCAGGCGUAGCCGAUCCCCAUUCAGGUGCUAUCAGAUGACCAGUUACUGCUUAGUUACCUAGAUGUAAAGUUUUACAUAUAUAUUAAUGUCAAUAGUUUUAUUACCAGUUGUGUAAAACGGACUCUCUAGUUUAAGAAAAAGAAAAAAGAAGGAAAAAAAAAAUAAUUAGGUCUCUCCUGAAAUUGACUUUAGAGCAUGUAAAAUGAUUUUACUGGAUUCUGUUAAACUGUAAUCAAGGAAAAGAUAUGUAUGUUGUAGAAAAAGUUGCAGAAUUAAAAAAGAUCUGCUUUUAAUUUAUUCUUUUUGUAUUAAGAAUUUGUAUAGUUACCUUUACAUUUUGCAAAACGGUGUUGUCAACACUUCCUUAUUAAAGCAUUUUCAAAAUGAAACCUUGCCGUGGUCUCUUCAACCCAAGGAAUCCCUUCCAUGCUGAGCAGCGGCGCUGCAGGGAGCGCUGAGCCUUGCCCAGAAGCAGCCCCUCACAGAGCCUGAGGGCACAGGGCUGCCUGCAGGCUGGGCCGGGCACAGAAGGCUCCGCUGCUGCUCUGCUGGGUUCUCUGAGUGAGAGGGCUUUGCCUUCCACAGUGCACUGCGACAGCCAUUGCUGUGUGCCGGGGACAGCAGCGAUCCCAGGCACUUCCCAACCCGCACAGGCUCUCCAUGCAGGCCCCACUUCCCAGCAUGGUGCCUUCCCCUUCUUCCCACCUCCUCUCGUUGCACAGGACCCUGCAGUGUCUGUCUGGGAAGCUCCUUACCACCAAAACCCCUCCGUGUUGCAGGGAGACCUCAGCUGCACCAGAGUGGGUUGAGCUGGGAAAGCAGCUGACCCUCAUCCAGCAUCAUUCGCUGGAGACAAUCUUCUGUAGCAAACGUCUGUUGGGUUGGAGCAGGGCAAGAUAGCAGUGCUAAAUGUCUGAUAUCAUCCUGGCUCUGGGGAUCAGUGUGGUGUUACUGCAGGAGCUGGGGCAGCCCGCUGCUCUCCUCCAAGGCAGAGCAGCAGCUCAGGAGUUUCAUGGCGUCGGUGCCUCUGCAUCUCCCCCCCAUGGUGCUUCCCAGCAGGGACGCAGACAAGAGCAGUGAUGCUGACAGCUCACACCAUGCCAGCAGGACGCAGGUCAAGCAACCCACACAUAGCUCUGUCACCACUGCCAGCAACAUCAGAAAUUGUCUCUAUCUCAACCGAGCUCAUCUUUGGUUGACUGGAUCUACCAUAGACUGAAUGGCAACCAGCGUUACAGAACCUCAUUUUGCAGUCAAAUUAGAAUCAUCAAGGUUGGAAAAGACCACCAGCCCACCCAUCAGCCCGUCCCACCGUGCCCACCAGCCACAGCCCUCAGUGCCACAUCUGCCUGCUUCCUGAACGCCCCCAGGGAUGGUGACCCCACCACCCCCCACGCAGUCUGUGCCAAUACCUCACCACUCUUUCUGAGAAGAAAUGUUUCCUAAUAUCCUAUGUAAUAUCCUAUAUAAACUCUUCCACGCUCUCAACAUCUGCCCAACUUGUCCCCACAAAUGCCCCUAAUACCACCAGGCACGAAACCAAGCAGAAACAAGAAAGUGGUAUCAGCCAGGCCAUGCUGGGUCCUACUGCACUGGGUCCUAGACUGAAGUCCUAAAAGCACUCCUGACAUUUCUGUGGUGAAUGCACGACUUCACCCCAGCACAUUGGAUUGCAACUGGCGAACGCAGCAGUUAUCAGCAAUAAACAUCUGCACAAAUCCAGGGGGAAAAGUCAGAAUCUCUGAAGUGAAACACGCCAUCCCCACAAAACCUGUCCAACAGUUGCACAGCUGCACCACACCCACUCGUCCUUACACUUCUCUUUGAUAAAAGGCGUUAUGAAGGAUUGGAGCACGGUCUGCUAGCUGGAGCUGGGGCCAUCCAGCUGCACAGAGCCUCAGAGCAGCGAUGAGGAGCAGUUGCCAUGACAGUGCUCCUCUUGUGAUCCCCCCGGGGAGCAAAGCUGGCUUUCACGUGCCGGGCAGCUGGAAGCUCUUACACAGAUAUGCCGUGAGAAAGCACUUGGGUUUCUUGGUUCCACAUGCAGCACCAUUCCAUGGAUUGCAAGGGGAUAAAAGCUCUUCCGCCAUGGGAGCCAUUCAGCCAAGGCGGCUGUAUUUCAGGGACUGUCAGCAAGAAGGCAUGCUGCUUAAAUUGCAUUCCUCGAGCUUGAUUAGACUAAAGCAUUCCAAGCCCAAAUUCACAUCCCUACAGGAGGCUCAUCCCCAUUCAAACCAGUACUCAGGGUACCAUUAAAUGGCUCCUUAAUAAUUAGUUCUAAAGCGGGAGGGAAAAAAUCUGUUUAACACUAUUAUGGCUGCCCUAAGGAAUCCAGUUCCCACUGAAGCCAACGUUACAGAGCUCCCAAACCAGCCCUCGGCUCUCGCUGCGCUUUCCAGGGAAAUUACAGCUCUUCAAUGAAGACAACGCUGUAUCUCAAUUAUUUAAAGAGUUCAAAACGAAGGUCAGGGUAAAGAUUUAGAAACAGCUCAGGAAAUCAUCUGGGUGGGGAAAGGGAUAAAGUUGCGGUGUUGUAAAUGUUUUCUGUUGUAAAAAUGCUCUCUCUACACUGCAGAAUAAAUCCCCAGGCACCAAUGUUAAUGAAACUCUUCCACGCUCUCAACAUCUGCCCAACUUCUCCCCACAAAUCCCCCUCUGGUUCCCAAAGGCCCCCCCAGGCUCCACUUAGACCUCGUCAGCCUCAUUUUUAUUACUUCUAAACUGUUUAAACUCUUGACAUUUUCGCUGCGGUCAGACGCACCAGACUGAAGGACCUGUAAGUCAGAAGCAGCCCUUCAGAAUGCAGAGCCUCCAGAAGAAUCUGGGGAAGCUCCUUGAGAUAAGCCAAGCCAGCACACAGCCCCAGCAUCGGACCUCGCUGCGAACACCUGCUCUAAACUCCUUCAACAAGGGCACCAACAGCUCAAGAAGAAAUUCAACAUCCAGCAGAACAGAUCUGUGGCUGCUACAAAUGCUGUACCUGGGCACGGGAGGCCCUGAUUAUGUUCUCUGCAAUGCCCAGCAGACUGGAAUUUUCUCCAGAUGUAUAAAAACAGGAUUUGGAAGCCUGAAGAGCCACAA